AUGGCAGCUGAACCCAAGGUUAAUCCUCAGGUAGGCAUCAGUAUUUGGGUUCCAGGUGUGGUUCGUUGUGGCAUAGGAGCAGUAGUAGGGGAUUUUUAUGCAAAAAAUCAGAGAGUUGCAAUCUGGGUGCCUGCUGGUAUAUUUGUGGUUUGGCAAUUGAUCCCUAUUAUUUCAAGGCGGGUUUUUGGAGGUUCUGUCUCGAGAAGUGGAGAUGCUUAUUUGAGCGUGACGUCGGGUCUUGUGGUGAGGCUUAUCUUGGCACAGGAGUCGAUAGUGUGGCAGUUUGCACAUAAAGUUCAGAGUGUUGCAGCUUCGGAAGUGGAGUUUGUCAAUCUGGAGGUGGAAGUGUCUUUCCGUUUGCGGUGGUCUGCUCCGCUGUUUUGUGCGUUUGCUCCUAGUCCGUGUUGCUGUGUUGUCGUAGAUCCUGGUUCAGGAUUCUUGGUUCGGGAUUGA